ACGGCCUGUGAUUGGUCGGUUGACUGCAUGACAUCUCGCCCAAGGUGUCUUUGACGAGGACGACUGGCUGGAUAGAGAGUUGCAGGAGAUAGUGGUAGUAAAUCCAGCCGACUCUGCCCGACCAGGAAGCCCAUAAAACUCCGUCUAACGAGCUCACAAAUCAAUCGUUUAAAUGAGCUCAAUGUUUUUGAACUCACUUUUCAGCAAAUAUCAACCGGGUGAAGCGUGGUUUCCGAGUGGUUUUGAUCCCGCGGUGAGCGCUGCCAACAGGAACUGCAAAACGGGACCAGGGGAGCCCGCCGUAGCGGCGGGUGCCUCUUCUGUAGGGUGGAGAGGGAUGCAUGCGGGUACCGCUGCUGGACAUUAUCCCACUUUUGAUUUUACAAGCUCCAAUUACUACACGUCUGUCAAUAACACCCCUUUCAGUACAUCAUAUGGGUACCAGGCAUGCGGUUUUGCCUCUACUUGCCCCCAAGUUCAAGUGCAAAACGGGGGCUAUACGGACCAAUAUACCACUUACCCCCAUCAUAACGGGUAUGCCACGCCCAAUAUUACGGCUUACCCAACUACAUGGAGCCCCUCCCAAAAAGACACUGGGUUUGUUAGUCCCGUGAGUGGGGCCUUUAUCGGGUCGGGACAGGACAUCACCAUUCAGGGGCACCACGAAGGAAAAACACUCGACAACCACAUCGAUUCCAAAGCAGAUGACGGAGAAAGCGAACCUGUCUAUAAAGGUCCUGUGUAUAACUGGAUGAAAAUACCAGGUGAGUAA